AUCCACUAAAGCUCUCUCCCGCGCUUUCGCCCUUUCCAGCCUUUCCGCCUUUCAGCUUUCGGAAGAAUAACCGUUACGCAUACACACUUGCCGAGAGGAGAGCGGGGAAAGCUUUCUGGAGCUUCAACCGGUGUCGCUGUCUCCCGCUCAGUCGUCCAUUCACUGCCAAAGUGGUAGCAACGGUGCGGGUGAAAGUGCUUCGGCUGGAAACAUUCUAUACGGUUCGACUGUGUGCGCUGCUACCUGUUCUUUUGUCUGCCGUCUGCCGACUGCUGUCUGCGUUUGCCCCGAUAAGACUCGUAGAUUGCCAUAUUUUAUCAUAGGCGCAGACCCUUUAUAUAACGCUGGGAAGUCUUGAAAGCAUCGUCCCGCUAGCUAUUUUCAGAGGCUGCCCGACAACGUAGUUUUCGAAGCAUACAGCAUCGAUUCAACUUCGACGGUACAUUUGGUGGCACCGGACAACCGACUGUUGGUUUCUAGUUCUACUCUGUACUGAUACAAAACGUUUGCAACCAUAUCAUAGCUCAGCCAGACCAUGAGCCCUCUCCCCCGAGUCAACAUCGACGAGCCAAAAUAUGAUCAGAACUCGUAUUUGGGCAGAGCCAAGCACUUCUUCCUGCUCACCAACCCGCUCAACGUGCUGGCCUCUCCCUCGAAACUGGAGGAGGCCCGCCAGAUCGUACUAAAGUAUCGCGCCGGUAAGGAUGUGCCCGAGUGCAAGAGCAUCGACGACGUGUGGCGGGCCAAGUAUCUAUACGAUUCGGCGUUCCAUCCCGAGACGGGCGAGAAGCAGAUAGUCAUUGGGCGCAUGGCGGCGCAGAUGCCCAUGAACACGAUCAUUACGGGGGGCAUGAUGGCCUUCUACAAGAGCACCUCCGCCGUUGUCUUCUGGCAGUGGUGUAAUCAGACGUUCAACGCUAUCGUCAACUACACAAACCGCUCUGGCACCUCGCCCAUAAGCCAGCCGCAACUGAUCACCUCAUACUGCCUGGCGACCGGCGGAGCCCUGGCCACAGCCCUGUCCCUAAACCGGGCGGUGAGGAACAUGAAUCCGCUCGUUGGCCGCCUGGUCCCGCUGGUGGCAGUGGGGGCGGCCAACUGCAUCAACAUCCCCUGCAUGCGGAUGCAGGAGCUGCGAAACGGAGUGGUUCUACUCGACGAGAACAACAACGAGAUGGGGAUUUCCCAAAAGGCGGCCGUUGUGGGAAUCUCAGCCGUCAUCCUGAGUCGCAUUGCCAUGGCCAUCCCGGGAAUGACUCUGACCCCUGUUCUGAUGAACGUCCUCGAGAAGAGGGGAUUCCUCGCCAAAUACCCGAGAUCCAACGCCCCCAUUCAAACGCUCUUCUGCGGCUUUGUGCUGAUUUUCGCCACGCCCCUCGGCUGCGCCUUCUUCAAACAGCGCGCGGGAAUAAAGGUGGACUCGCUAGAAUCGGAAGUGCGCGACAGCAUUAAAAAGAAGCGUCCGGACCUGGACACCGUCUGGUUCAACAAGGGCCUCUGAGCCCCUAAGCUCCUGAGCCCCUGUGCACGUCACGAGCUUAACGAAGACAAUAUUGCUUGAUUCAGCUGCCUAUUUAUUUACUCACCUUGCAUUUACUGGCACUUUGCCCGUUGAGUUUUGUUUGAAAUACUCAUUAUAUUCUUCCUGACCGCACAUUAUUACCGCUCACCCCAGUUCGGGACGGUGGAUAUUAAAUUAUUGAUGCUGCUGCUUGCCCGGCAGUGACUGUGUGAAGGUGAACGAAACCAAAAAUAAAUUCUGUUAACUGUUUGAA